ACUUUCAAAAUGCAUUGAGUGUGCUGCCUUGAACACCUAGGUACUCACCAUGGGUGCCGACGAGGUUACUUUUGCACCAUUGGCUGUUGCGGCCGCUGGCGACGAUAAAGGCGUCAUCAAAGUUCAAGAUGCGGAUGAAUUGCGCUUAGCACAGAUGGGCCACAAACAGGAGUUGGCGCGACAUUUCUCUGUGUUCAGUCUCAUCGGUCUCGCUUCGACGUGUACCAUCUCGUGGACGGGCCUUGGACUCGGUCUUAUUACAGCGAUCAACGCGGGUGGCCCAGGUGCACUAAUCUAUGGAUUCAUUCUUGUCGCGAUCCUCCAGUCCUUUCUCGGCGCAUCGCUGGCGGAGUUUGUCUCAGCAUACCCGGUUGAAGGAGGGAUGUACCAUUGGAUAGCCGCAAUCGCACCAAAGAAAUAUAACUUUUUCCUAAGCUUUGCCACAGGCUGGAGUACCGUGUUCGGAUGGAUCUUUACCACAGCAUCUACUAACCUACUAUAUGCCACAAAUUUUAUGGCUUUGAUAGCUCUAUAUAAGGAUGGUCUAGUCAUUCAGCCAUGGAUGACAUUUGUUGUCUACCAAGGCCUCAAUCUAAUCACUUCAGGCAUAGUGAUGUUCGGAAAUCGAUUGAUACCUGCGAUCAACAAGUUUUCCUUGGCUUAUCUUCAGAUUGCUUGGUUUGUCAUUAUGGUCACAGUAGCUGCCAAAGCACCAGCACAUAACGAUUCGAAGUUCGUCUUCAAGACAUGGAUCAACAAUACGGGCUGGGAAAACAACGUCAUGUGCUUCAUUACCGGCCUGGUUAACCCUCUGUAUUCCUUGGGUGGUCUGGAUGGAAUUACUCAUAUUACCGAAGAGAUGCCUAAUCCAGGAAGAAACGCACCACUUGCGCUUGCAUGUACACUUAUAAUUGCGUUCGUCACGGGUCUCACAUACAUGCUCAGUCUCAUGUUCUCCGUCCAGGACUACACUACACUAGCUGACUCCCCGACCGGUCUUCCUCUGGCUGAGAUCUUUCGCCAGACAACUCAAAGCCGAGGAGGCGCUUUUGGCCUGACUUUUAUGCUUUGGAUUGCCCUCGGUCCGUGUACGAUCGGGUCGCAGCUGAGCACUGGCCGAAUUUUCUGGGCCUUUGCUCGAGACGAUGGUCUCCCGCUAUCAAAUAUCUGGUCUAAAGUCAACCGUAGACUAGGGGCUCCGUUCAAUGCCCAACUCUGCGUGACUGUAAUCAUAGCCUUACUUGGCUGCAUUUAUCUCGGCUCUAGUACAGCCUUCAACGCGAUGAUGAGUUCGGCAGUCACAAUCAACAACAUCGCGUACCUCGUCCCCAUAUUAACGAACCUUCUACAAAGACGCAAGCGAAUGCACCGCGGUCCUUUCUUCAUGGGAAACCUGCCCGGAAUGUUCGCCAACAGUGUGACAGUUGCUUGGCUAAUCUUCGCAAUUGUCUUUUUCUCCUUUCCAUAUUACAUGCCUGUAACAGCCUCCAACAUGAAUUACACUUGCGCCUGUGUCGGGGGCUUUAUGAUCAUUGAGCUGUUCUGGUGGCUUGUUGCUGGCAAGCGGUAUACUCGAAGUAUGCGAAAAGUCCGGGAAGAGGAAGGGCCCCAGACUGCCGUCAUUGUCUCUGAAGGUGUAGAAAAGGAUCUAUAAGUAAAUAGGGUUUGUGAUCAAAUCAGUUAGUCGAUUAUCGGGGCAAUCCCUAUACUUUUUUGAGGUGUCACAGAUAUGAUCGUUGAUGUUUUAGAAGAUACACUUUGUGGAAGGAACUAUACUAGUCUACAUAAAGAGGC